UUGUUUUAUCAUUCGGAAGCCGGUAUCCAUUGUUAAAAAAUAUCGUGUAUCGGUGGUUUGUUGUUUGUUAACCGAUACUUUUUCACCCAAUAUAAUAAACGCACAAGUGGCGAUGGCGUCAGAAAAGAAAACUAAGAUACCAGAGAACAUGUCUGUCGGAUUUAUAGGCGCAGGGCGAAUGGCGCAAGCAAUGGCCAAGGGAUUCAUAUCAGCUGGUGUAAUAAAAGCAGAACAUAUUUUUGCCAGUGACACUGACCAGAGGAUGCUUCACACCAUACAAAAGGACUUAGGAAUAAACACAACCAUGGACAAUAUAGAGGUUGUUACAAAAAGUGACUUAAUUGUGUUAGCAGUGAAGCCAAAUGUAGUCAGUUCUGUAUUGAAAGAAGUUUCAUCAACAGUGUCCAAAUCAAAAAUUGUUGUGUCCAUUGCUGCCGGAAUUCCACUGUCUGCUAUUGAAAAGCAUCUACCAGAAGGGUCCCGUGUGAUCCGGGUGAUGCCCAACACUCCGGCGCUGGUCCAGGCAGCUGCGUCCGUUCUAGCCCUGGGCUGUUCUGCCUCACAGGGCGAUGCAGAGCUGGUGAUAGAACUGUUGAAGUGUAUUGGUAUAGCCGAGCCUGGCUCUGAGAAGCUUCUUGAUGCAGUCACUGGUCUCAGUGGCAGCGGACCUGCUUAUGCGUUUAUGGCCAUUGAAGCAUUAUCAGACGGGGGUGUGAAAAUGGGACUACCGCGGGACCUUGCAAUAAAACUUGCUGCACAAACAUUGUUGGGUGCGGCGAAAAUGGUCCUGGAGACUGGCAAGCAUCCAGGAGAGCUGAAGGACCAGGUGUGCUCCCCGGGCGGCACCACCAUCGCAGCCAUGCAUAAACUGGAGAAGGCCGGGUUCAGAGCGGCUCUCAUUGAUGCUGUAGAGGCUGCCACACUACGUGCCAAGGAACUGGGCGAAUCUGAGACCAAGUGAAUGUGGCUCUACCAUGUCUUGCUUUCUCUGUUGAAGUUGGAGUGGUGCCCUCUGGAGGUGUUAGCGCUUCACUUACCUGUUGGACUGUCUCCAAAAUGUUGUUUGUUAAUUUUGAUCAUUAAAUCGUGUCCUUAACAAGUUUUGGGAACAGUGUCUCAAAAUGUGUACAUGAGAUAAAUAUGGUCUGUUACCUUUACUUGUUUGAAUUAAGCAAAAAAGAAGCAUUACAAUAUUAUGUAUACCUUGUAAGUGAUUGAUGAAAUGCUGAAAUAUGGAGGAAUGUAACGAAUAAAACAAGCUAUAUGUUCAUUCGUUUGUUAAACGCUGUUAUACACAUAUUCUAGUAGACUGUUCACUGUAUAUUUUAUGCCAUGCAGUUGCACAAAUUGCAACUUUCAGGUGCCAUUUAUAGUCAUUAUCACCCAGCUUCUGAUGUUCACCUAAUAUAAUUUAAUGACUUUGUUGGUUGCUAAUUGGGAUUAGCGCUUUGGUGCUUUUGUGUGAAUUGUGAUCAAGAUGAUAAUUAUGCUUUCAAUUAUUUGAUUAUUACUAUGAUGUUGAAUAUGGUGUCAAUUAUUUUAUGAUUAAUAUGAUGUUGAUUAAAGUAUCAGGUAUUUAAUAUUAUAUUGCGGUAUUUUAAAUUAGGGAAGUCACUUUGUUUUUUGUUUAGAUAUUAUGUUUAUAGGAUCUUGCCAAUUAUAUUUAAUGUUUGACAUAUGGCCAUAAUAAAUGAUUACUUAUCACGAAAGUGA